AUGGAGCUAACGACACAGGACUGUGAUGAGAUCCAUGAGAAAGCGUGGACAGAUCCGGGAGCAGCCAGAAGCUCUUGCGUGUCCCACGGACUGGCGCCAUCCAAACGCCCAACUGGCCGACCUCUCACUCAUCAUACUUUGACGUUUUGUACGCACCUUCACUCAGCUGCAGCAAUAGCCAGUUGUGAGGCGUGGGGGACAUGCCUUUCAUCGGAGAGAAUGCCGUUGGUGACGAUGCUUCUUCUUGGAACUGGAACUCAUUGGCGUCUCCCCUUCUCACUUCUCAGUUGGCUCCUGGAAAGCUGGUCCGGCAUCGUUCAACUCCAUCGCAAUUCAUUUUCCGACAAUCCCGUCAUUCGUCAAUGGGUCAAUUCCAUCGCAUUUACCCCUCUUCAACAGGUCCCAUCCCGUCUUAUUCACCCGCAAAGUCAAUUGAGUGUUGCUCCACUCCUACCGCGGACUAUGCCCCGAUUCCCCUCCGGCGCGGCUGGGAUCACCCGACCGAAAGCUGCGAGCCGCUUCGUCUCCGUCGGCAGCCCUCCCAAUAAGAUCGCUCGCAUUAAGCAGCAAUGGAUUCAAUGGUGUCCCGAGCGGAUCCGUCCCCGAGGUUUCUAG